GUUCAAAGUCGGUUGGAAGGGCAGAAGGCGGACACCCACCAUCCGUCGAUCUAGUAACGUGUUCUCGCUCCUCUUUAGACUUGGUGUGUCCGCAUCGUGUCCCGCUGCGUUCGCCUUUUCGCCGCCAGUUAUUUGUCCGCAUCGUGCGCAACAUUUCCCUCCGAACCCACGAAAAUCAGUUUCAUUUUUUCUUUUUCUUUUUCUUAAACUUACACACAAAAAGGACUAUUAUUCAACAAAGAUGCACAGUUCGUGACUAACGCCUGACCGGUGAUGACUUCCGGUCACUGUCCCUCAGCCGAACAAUUUGAGAAUAUUUUUAUUGUCAUCAUUCGACGUGCCAUUGGAUCACAUCUGAUUCGAUUCGACAACUAUAUUCCGGUUUGACGGGACCAGUAGUGCCCUUGGCCAGCUUUUACCCUUGGCCGGAAUUGACAGACGUGUCCAGCGCAAAAAAAGAAAGUGAAGCAAAAAAAAAGAAAAGGAGGGAGGGAGAGAACCAGUUCGUUGGUAUCGUGUUCUAUCGAUCCGGCUGCCAUACACAACGCAACAUAGCCACACGCAACACCAAGGUGCAGCUGUACGAAGGUACGCGUGUAACAACCGCAAACCGUUGCGUCGCCAGUCGCCAAUCUCCAAUCGAAACACGUGAAAUUCUCGGCCGCCAUAAAACAGAGAAAACAAAGACAAGGGCCUUUCUUAUGGGUCGUCGCCGUAGUUUUGGCAGCAGGUUGUUGGCCGGCCUUGCGCUAGCGUCCAUGUCCAUCUGUCUUGUGCUGCUUCAUCAACUGAGUCAGGACGGCAAAGCGGCAAUAGGAGGAGCGACCAAUGAAGCCAUUGAAAGGCGGCAAAGACAUUCGCAUCGCUAUUUGCUGAUGGCCGCGGCUGGAAGUGGCUCCGUUCCAGCGGCGGCCAGCGCCAUCGAAUCUAAGCAGCAGCCGAGUCCGACGGCAAAAGAAACGGCACCACGAAACGGAGAAGACAACAACAACAACAACAAUCAGUCGUCGACGUCGGACGCGGUGGAUCGACGGUUGCCACGGUUACUCAUCAUCGGCGUGAGAAAAGGCGGGACGCGCGCCCUCCUGGAGAUGCUCAACUUGCAUCGCGACAUCGCCAUGGUGCCCGUCGAAGUGCAUUUCUUCGACAAAUUCGACAACUAUCAGCGCGGACUCGACUGGUACCGAUCGCAAAUGCCCCUGUCGAGCGACGCCCAGCUGACGGUGGAGAAAUCACCAAGUUACUACGUCACGCCGGAGGUGCCCGAACGCGUCUACGCCAUGAAUCCGCACGUCCAACUUGUUCUCAUCGUACGCGACCCAGUUACGCGAUUGCUCUCCGAUUUCGCACAAAUCGAGGCCUCCAGGGCGGCGCAAAAUCUACCAAACCGACGAUUCCAGGAUGUGGCGUUGCUGCCGAAUGGAGAAGUCAACACGCAAAAUCGAGCGCUUCACGUCUCCCUCUACGCCAAGUUCCUCUCACGAUGGCUUCACGUUUUCCCCAGGCGCCAAUUGCACAUUGUUGACGGCGAUCGAUUGAUUCGAGACCCGUGGCCGGAAUUGCAAAAAGUCGAACGCUUCCUCGGAUUAGAGCAUCUGAUCCGCAGAGAUCAAUUCUAUUUCAACGCCACCAAAGGAUUUUACUGUUUGACGGGCACGCCGACCGACGUCAGCAACGACAAUGUGACGCUUGCAACGGCGGACGAGAACAGCCAUCACAGCCACCACUACCACCACAAAUGUCUGGCCGGCAGCAAAGGCAGGAGGCAUCCGCAGGUACCGGAUGAAGUGAUUUCUGUUUUGAGGCAGUUCUUUGCGCCACACAACCGCAAAUUCUUCGCCAUGGUCGGCCAGGACUUCGAUUGGCCGGAACAGUAACGGCACUCAACUUGCGUCGUCUCCGCAUUACUAAUUAGGGCAAAAUCAAAUGACCUAACGAACUUGGCUGUGAUCUUCGACAUAAAAAAAAAACAAAAAAAAAAAAAAAAUCUCUUUUCCUUAAACUUUCUCCGCCUGUCAAAAAAGUUUGUACAUUUUCAGGAUGGCAUCGUCGUCUUUCAAAAUCUAUUUCUUUCGUAUAUAUAACAAGUAUAUAUAUAUAUAUAUUAUUUUUUGUUGUUUCUUUUGUUUGGCCAAUUUGUGCCAAAAAAACAAACAAACAAAAUCCGCACCAAAAACAUUUUUACUCGUUCAAAAAUGCACAGCACGUAUUUUUUAUUGACUCUCUUUUUUUCAUUGUUUACUACGCUAUAAAGAAUUAUUGAUUAUCGUCGAACCAUAUGAUUAUCGCCCAAUCGGGGCAAAUCUUUUUCUUCCCUUUUAAUAAAAAAAACGAAAAAGAGAAAAGAAAUAAAAA